CAGACACGCUUUUUAUUCUUUUAUUGCAAACAAACGUAAGCGCUGACAAAAGUUAUUUUCAUGGAAAUAAAAGCUACAGGUCCAGCACCAUGGGGUAUGGGCAAAUCCUCCAUCGGCGCGGGAACGGGGAGGACUGUGUCUGCCUCAACGUGGGAGGGGAGCGACACGAGGUACGCCAGGACACGCUGCUCCGCUUCCCUCACACGCGGCUGGCUCGUCUACUGCGCUGCCAAAGUGAGGCUGCCAUCCUGGAGCUCUGUGACGAUUACAGCCCCGGUGACAAGGAGUAUUACUUUGACAGGAAUCCCCGGGUCUUCCUCUGCGUGCUCAACUUCUAUCACACUGGACGCAUCCACACGAUGGAAGAGCUGUGUGUCUUCUCCUUCAGCCAGGAGAUUGAGUACUGGGGCAUUCAGGAGCUCCACCUGAGUCCGUGCUGCAGCAACUGGUUCCACGAGAGAAAAGAGCACAUUGAGGACAGAGAGUGGGACAUCAGAAGCGAUGACCAGCAGCAGCCCAGCUUUGACUCUUCUUUUGAGGAGCUCUCUGCCCUGGACAAAGACCUGGCCAAGUUCAAAGGUGCCUGGUGUGCCGAGGUGAGGAGCUAUGUGUGGCUGAGGCUGGAGGACCCGGGUCACUCACGCGCCUCAAAGGUCAUUGCAGUUGCUUCUCUCACCGUGGUGCUGACCUCCAUCAUUGCCAUGUGCGUCCACAGCAUGCCUGAGUUUCAGCGCAUGGAUGACAAUGAUAAGCCCAUUGAGGAUCCCGUUCUGGCCAUUUUGGAGGUGAUCUGCAUCAUCUGCUUUUCAGCUGAAUUCAUCAUUAGGCUAAUUGUUGCGCCCUCCCCGAGAAAAUUCCUUGGGAACCCCUUAAACAUCAUAGACGUUGCAUCCAUCUUGCCUUUUUAUGCCACAUUAGCAUUUGAGACAGCGGAUGAAGAGAAUGCGGAGGAGAAUGAGGACCUGGAGAAUGUGGGGAAAGUAGUGCAGGUCCUACGACUGAUGAGAGUUUUCCGCAUCCUCAAACUGGCGCGUCACUCUAUUGGCUUGAGAGCGCUUGGUGCCACGGUUCGCCACAGCUACCAUGAAGUGGGUCUCCUCCUUCUCUUCCUCUCUGUGGGAAUCUCCAUUUUCUCCGCCCUUAUCUACUUUACUGAGAAGGAGGACGAGUUGACGGAGUUGGGAACUAUCCCUGUGGGCUGGUGGUGGGCCACGAUCACUAUGACUACAGUAGGCUAUGGUGACACCUGCCCAGUGACUUUUGGGGGGAAGAUAGUGGCCACCCUUUGCAUUGUCUGUGGCCUGUUAGUCGUGGCUCUGCCUAUCACUAUUAUAUUCAAUAAGUUUUCCAAGUACUACCAAAGAAACAAAGCUUUAGAGGGCCAGUGUCUGAGUCAAACCGAAAGACAAGACCCAGACCUCCCUUACUACAACAUUAGAGACCUGUACACCCACAGCAUGUACCCUUUCAUAGGAGGUAUCACCUUCAGGAACAUUAACAGCAGUGAAGGGGACGAAACGGAUGCCUCCAGUCUCCAGGAGAUGGAGGAAGUGUACGAUAAUGACACUCAUGAAAAUGGGGCAGGAAAGUGA